AUGUUUUCGCUGCUGGACUACAUGGACUAUGAGGGCCAAAAGAAGGUCGAAACCAUCUCGGUAGCGAUGCUGGCGUCCACGGCGGUCGUUGGGUUGGUCGUUGGGUUUCUGCGACAGUCCGUUUUGGGGCUCUCCAUCAUCAACGCCGUUGGGCUUUUGCUGACUUUUCUGGUGACGCUUCCCUCUUGGCCCACUUUUCGAAGCCAUCCGGUCAAAUGGCUUCCACGGAUCGAGUCCAAGGCGGAAUCCACCGCUCCAGCACCAACAACCGACUGGCUGUCGCGGAUUACCAAGAUUCUGUUCUGA